GGCAAGGUAGCACAAGACAGGACGGAGGAAGAGCCCUCGCGCUGCCACCAUGUUUGCUGCAAGGACAGUCCUGCUGCUCACCCUGCUCCUCACUUUCUCCCUGCACCACAUCACAGCCCACACAUUGCCCAGAGAAUGCUGUGACAGGUACGCACGGAAAACUGUCCAACAUGUGAAGAGCUUCUACAAGACUCCCCAAGGAUGCCAUCUGUCUGCAGUUGUGCUUGUGGCUGCCAGUGGUGACAAAGUCUGCGCCAACCCCAAGAAGCCCUGGGUGAAGAGAGCCAUAGAAAAGCUUCAAAGGAAAAAAUGAAAUCCCCCUUCUGCUG